AUGAGCUUUGGCUGGUCUAUCGGUGAUGUUAUCUUGCUCGCACAGUAUAGUUGGAAGGUCUACGAAAGCUUUGCCGACGGCAGUCUCAAUGCCGCUAACGAGUAUGAUCGCUUCAAACGAGAAUACCGCCAAGUGAUCACUUGUUUAGAAAGGCUUGCUGAUGUCAGUCCCGAUCUCGCAUCUCUUACAGGUUUCGAUGAGACGCUCGGAGACACUAUCAAAUUCGUCGACAAGCAUCGCGCUCUUACCGCGAAAGUGACACGUCCUUUGAUCACAACAUCACCACGAACCAGCAAUAGGCUUAGAGACUUCCUGGAACAGCUUGAGCGUAGCUAUCAGACGGCAACAUGGCCGAUCUAUCGCGAGGAGGCAGAGAAGCUUCAUGGUCAGCUCGAUCGGGUUGUUGCCAUCGCAACUCUGCACGCAACAACGACCACACUUAAGAACACCCAAGGUAUCGAGAGGCAGUCGAACGACAUCAUGCGUGCGGUCAAAUCUCUGAGUGACAAAGUCAACUUCGUCCUGAAAAGAAUCGCUCCAACAUCCUUCACAAGUACAUCUGAUGUCGAUUUGGACUACCUCAUGACAUUAUCUCAUACUAGUUUCAAUCAGCCGGAUCCUCUCCUUCAGGUCAUUGGAGAUCUGGAUCGAAGUAAGUCGCCAGAAGAUAUGCUGCGGCUCCUACACCAAUUCUCGCAAAAGAUGGGGUAUUUGAUCAUGAGAGACUCUAGAGGAGUGCGCCCAGUGCCCAGGUCACAGGCUCUGAACAGCCAAGGUUCUAUCACAAUUGAGCGAAUUGUACCUGUUCUGCAGCUUCUGGACAGUGCUCGCACCGUUGCAGAUACCGCGCUUGGUCUCCCUCGCACACAAAGCCGUGUUCAAAGACAUUCAGCGAGUGCCAGUCUUGAAGCUCGAGCCGACGACUGGGACGUCUUCGGUCAAUGGCUCAAAUGGCACAUGCUGCAUGAUAUCUCGCCCGAGCCGAUUCAAACGAAUCGUUCUGCGCAGCCUGCGGUUAUUGCGUCAAUGAGCCAAUCUCCGCCAACAAGUCCAGGGGCUUCUGAAGUACCACAGCAAUAUCUGACUGGACAGCCUCGAGACAUAUCUCCAUCUAUAAUAGGCAGUCCUCUUCCAGAACCAGUGUGGACUCCUAGCACCGAAGCAUUUUCGACACCUGGUACUAUCUUUACUUCUGCUAGCAGCCAAAGAAGAUUUUCAUCCAUUGAUCUCGGAUCGUCCUACAUUGAAGACUCCACGCAUUUGGCCUCAGCUACGUGGCCGGUUUCUAUUGUCCUCGAGAACAAGCGAACAUUCGACGCCCUGUUGGAGAUCCUCGUCUCUCCAAGUGGCACAGUGGAGAAGCUUCGAAGCAAGACUAGAGAUCACAAGUUCACCCUGUAUCAUGUCCCGUCUGGUGGCACAAAUCGUAACAAUACUUUCAUUCCAUGGAUCGAUAACAGCCGUGUACACAAAUCAAGCAUGAAUGAGGCUAGGCUACAAUUCAAGGGAUCGCAUCAGGUUAUCGUCAAGGAUGAAAAGACACAUAGAAGCACGAUAUACAACACCCGCCCGGUAUACCGCUUCGAUGAGGUUGAAGAUUUGCUGUAUGUACAGGAGAAAUUGAUUGGGAAGAGUGUAGUCGCGACUUUCGACGUUGUCCGGAUAGCUACUCGUGCUGGCGAAGACUACUGCGCGUCUGAGACACUACGUGUUUUGGAAGAUGCCGAGAGGCAAAGAUCAUUUCUGUACUAUGCUCACAAGAUGCCAUCAAAAUCAGUGACUACGAAUCCUGGCUUCGUUGAGUGGUCAUGUAAGCAGAUCAUUUCAUAUGGUUUGGGGCUUUACUGA